AUGGCUGCAGAGAAUGCCAGCUCGCCGCUCGACAACGCGUUUCCCGACGAAGACCGUGCAGCGGAAAAUGCYCSAAAUGCCAUCAAUGGCGACGUGGACGAGGAUGAAGAAGACGUGCAGGCGGGCAGCAGACGGUCAAAAGCAGGCGAUGUUGCGGUAGCUCAGGAUGCAGAAGAGGAUGCCGACGACCUUUUCGGCGACGAUGACAGCGAUUUAGGAGAUCUAGAUAAGUCUGGCAUGCGCCAGCUGGAAGAUGCAGAGCUCGAUUCUGGUGAUGACAUGGAGAGGAAUGAUCGAGCUCCUGGACAGGAAGAUGCGCCAGUGCAGCAAUUUGAAGAGCAUACUAUUAAUACCAUGGACAUGGAGAUAGCGCGACAGCCGCUGCCAGAGCCUAGCGACGGCGAGCUCUACCUCUUAAAAGUCCCAGCAUUCUUGACCAUCGAGCCAGAGGCAUGGCAGACGACGACGUUCCAGCCCCCAACCACCGAUCAUCACUCGAAAGCGGCGCCAACUGCGACUUUCUCCGCUUACAAUACCGCCUUGUCUACGAUCAGAUGGCGUCAUUCGCCUUCAAAUCCGUCAGAGCUCCAGUCGAAUGCGCGGAUAAACAGGUGGUCAGACGGUUCCGUCACUCUUCAGCUCGCAUCCGAUCCAGGAACCCAAUACGAGAUUGACGGUAAUCCGCUGGCGCCUCCUCAGCGGAACCCAGCCAAACCGACCCCGACAAGCAUACUGCCUGGACAGAAGGUUKGCCAGAAAUACGAUGAGACCAAGGACGCCUAUACGUAUUUGGUGGUCCCGGUGGAAUCCGCAGAGUCCCUGCGGGUCACGCACAAGAUCACUGCUGGAAUGACUGUCAGACAGACCGAGUCUGUAACUGACGAUGCCAUUGAACGCCUGCAGGCCGCGCUGUCUCAAGCCGCGAAUGCGACCAAGGUGGGAGGAGCCUCGGGCCAGCUCGAGGCAACUGAGACCGACCCAGAGUUGCAGAGGAAGCAGGCGGAAAUCGCCGAGAAGCUGCAGAUGCGCGACAGGAAGAAGAGGGAGCACGCACAAGAACGGGAGCGACUCAGGACGGAUCGUACACUUGGCCGUGCUGGGCUCUCCUCGAGUCGAUAUGGUGGACUCAACGUCGGCAUGCUCGAGGACGAAGAGGUGGAGGGUCGUGGGCGGUCCCAAGGAAACAAACCUCGCGCAAAGCCACGUCGUCGGCGUAACAGCGAGUACAGUGACGACGAAGACUUUGGCRACAAACGCUUCUCCAAGGAGGACAGCUACGACCAAGAAGACGAUUUUGUUGCACCCAGUGAUGAGGAGGAGGUUGUCGAUGAUGACGAGGACGAAGACGAGGGCAUUGUGAAUUCGCAGCGAGCGGCGACUCCCAAGCGCGAUCGACCGCGGCCUGCUGAGACAACGGGCUCAGGGAACGAUGAGGAUGCCGAGGGCGAGGAAGAUGAUGAUGUACCACAGGCGAGGACCAAGAGACGUCGCAUUGUGGACGACGAGGAUGAGGACGAGUAG